AGUAUCGACGCAUACCAUUGGAUAACAGGAAAGUUGACGGAAAGGAAAACUCGUGGCAGAUGAAGCAUGGAAAGAGCUGAAAGAGACAAAUGACAGGAAAACGAACACACCUUGUCCCUAUUUAGUUUAACAUUAGUACCUACUUAUACCAGUACAAAUGAGCUAUUAAGACCUGAAAAUAUAUAUCUGAAACGGUAGGUAUGACGUUAAUUUCGACUAAUUAGGCAACAUUAGUUUUCUAGACUAGCUUUGGAAGACGCAAGUGGUUGAACAGACGCUAGAGUUACGUUGUACCCCUGGCAAAAGUGGACAGAUCUCAUUGUAACAACAUAACAGGCUGUCGUGAAUGUCAGGUCGGUUGGUGAAGAAUGCUUUGCAUCUGACACGUUGAUUGUGUUACAGUCGUAGACUGGUGAGAUGGACACGGCGGAAAGUGGGUAUGUGCUGGACAGCGCCGCUUUGGUAGCUCCUGUAACAGCCCUGGAGUUCGUGGGAGAGGAAUAUCUGCUGACGGCUGAAGGGCCGGUGCUUUCUGUGUAUAGUCUCCACGCUCAGCCCAAACUAUGUGUGUCACUGAGUGUGCUACAGAACUACCGUAUCCAUGGAGUGAGACCCAGACCACUGCCAGACUGUGGGGUUGAGGAGAAGCAUGAUGAGGCUCCAUCAGGAGUGUGGGAUAGAGGGGCUGAGCUUGCUGUGUUUGGAGGGAAGGGCCUGCGGCUUGUUACCCUAACAGCACAAAGCCCGACAUUACAGCUGAGUGGCCCGCUAAUGGAGCUUCAAGACUGGCUGCUGGAUGUGCGCUGGCUGGGAGAGAAGCCUUGCACUUUCCUGGGUGUGGUUCUGGCUCAUAAUACUGCACUGCUACUGGAGGCAAAGUCUGGCCGCAUGGUGCGUCUACGCUCCUGCCAAGAGGUGUGUCUCCUCUACUCGGGCCUUCUGAUUGGUUCACUCUGGGACUCUGCGGUUCUGGUUGGUGGGACUGUCUUCAACCAGCUGGUCUUAUGGAGACCUGGAACAGGCAGUCAGGAGCAGGCAGCCCCGGUGGAGAGGCGUCUCCCUGGCCACAGCGGAGUGAUCUUUAGCCUGGCGUACCUGCCCCAGUCUGGGCUGCUGGCCUCCGCCUCAGACGACCGGAGCGUGCGCGUGUGGAGUCUGGGGGCACUGGGAGGGCCAGGAGGAUGCGGGGAACUGGAACCGCUGUGUCAGCACGUGCUUUACGGGCACCAGGCGCGGGUCUUCUGCGUGCAACUGGCACAGAACAGCGUGUUCAGUGCUGGAGAGGACGGGGCCUGUCUUAUGUGGGGCGGAGAUGGCAGAGUGGAGCGAAGCUUCAAGGGGCACCGGGCAGGCGGGGCGAGGGCCCUGGCCGUCAGUGAGGAGCAGCGCUGGGUGGCCACUGGCGGAGCGGAUGGAGGGGUGAGGGUCUGGAGACUGAGGGGGCACGAAGCAGAGAGAGAGUCCACAGAGGGUGGAGAGGGGGAGGGCGUGGUUGAUCUGGAGUUCAGAGGGGAGGGUUCUCCUAAAGUGGUGUGUCUGGUGGACGGUGGUACAGGGGUGGAGGGAGAGAUGCUGGUGUGUACAGAUCGUGGGAGAGUGUAUCUAAGGGGGGGGCAGGACUGGAGGUGUGUGUGGGUGGGUGACCCUGAGUUCCAAUCCUACUGUGUGAUGGAGGUGGUUUGCAUGCGUGGGGGACUGUGUGUGUGCGCGGUUGGGAAUCUGAAUGGCGGAGUGUGUGUGUUCCCUCUUUCGCACCCAGAGAGGGGGGUUGUUUUGAGAGCCGGUGAGGGGAAGGUCCAUAGUCUGCAGUGGGUGUGGCCUGGACAGGGUCGGGAUGUCUGCCUAUUGGCCUCACGGGCGGAGGGUCGUGUCUACCGCUGGCAAGUUGGGGUAGAUGUGGAUGAAGUGGGCGUCACCCUUAGGUUUUGGCAGCUCCAGCCCUUCUUGCUGCCACCCUGCUCCAAGCGCUGGCUCACUGCUGCUGUAACACUGACAGAUGCAAACACCCACAGCCAGGACACACUCUGGGUCUGUGGAGACAGGAGAGGUUCCCUGCUGCUCUACAGAGAACCGGAGCAGAACAGAGAGAUGGGCGCAGUGGAGGAGAGCAGGGGGCCCAAGAGAGAACACAGUGAGGAAGAUGGGAUGAAGGGAGAACACAGGGAGGAUGAUGGGAUGAAGAGAGAACAGAGAGAGGACGAUGGGAUGAAGGGAGAGGCAGAGGAGACUGGGUGUGCCCAGAAAGAGAGGGGAGAGGUGGGGGGGAGAGACCAUGAGGCUGGGACAGAGACUAUGGGGCCAGUGUGUGUGUUGUUUGGGGUGCAUGGGAAACAGGGGGUGACCAGUGUGUGUGAGUGUGAUGGUCUGUGUUACAGCACUGGCCGUGACGGCAUUGUGAGGGUCUUGGUUGUCCACGGCAACACAUUGACGGUACAGAGGGCCCAGCGGAGCGCUAAAGGUAUGGAGUGGCUAGAGAGGGUUCUCUUCCUGCAAGAGAGGGACAUCAACGGAGAGAUGGGGCCAAUGGAAGAGGGGGAAGAAGGGAUGGAGAGGGGAAGUGGGAUGAGAGGGCGAGAGCAGCAGACAGAUGGUAGGGUGCUGGCACAAGCGAGGUUCGCACUGGUGGGCUUCCGCUCAGCGAGUUUCGUGGUGUGGGACCCAUUGAGGCAGGAGACGCUGCUGUCUGUCCUCUGUGGGGGGGGGCACCGCUCCUGGGGCUACCGACCCCCCGCCCUCUCAGACCGAGGUGCCCACACGCACUGCGCUGGUGGAGGGCUGCUUGUCUUCAUCAGACAAGGGGCUGUCCUGGCGCACUACCCCCCCACACAAGCCAAGAGUGUCUCCAUGGCAACUGGACAGACCCUGCGGGAGGGGCUACACGGACGGGGGGUGGGGUGCAUAUGUCGCCUGGGCAACUCGGGUUGCUGGGAGGUGCUGGUCACCGGGGGGGAGGACACUAGUCUGAGUGUGCAAGCUGUGCACAUGGACACAGGGACAGUGCGAGUUCUGAGCGUCAUCACCGAUCACAUCUCCAAUGUGCGCACCCUCACUUCUCUCCGUAGAGAUGGGGGGCACACCUCCACCUCCUCCUCCACCUCCUCCCUGCUCUUCUCAGCAGGGGGGCGGGCCCAGCUACAGUGCUACAGGCUCCUGAUUGGCUGGCAUGGAGAGGGUGGCCAGCCUACCUGUCAAGUUAGCCAGAUAACCAGCCACCGGUUGGAUGAACAAUGGGAGCGAAAGAGGAAUCGACACAAAACUGUGAAAAUGGACCCUGAGACCAGGUAUAUGUCUAUGGCCGUGGUGCAUGAUGGGCCAGACAGAGUCCUCCUGGCACUGGCCUGCAGUGAUGGAGCGGUGAGGUUAUUUGGUGUUUCUGAACAGGCAGGCAAGGCUGAAUUACUCUGGGAGUGUUUUUACCACCAAAGGUGUGUUCUCAGUAUCGCUGCCCACCGCCUGCAGAGCCCACAAGAUGAACGGCAUGUGUUGGUGUUCAGUGGAGCUACAGACGGCCAUGUGUGUGUGUGGGACUGGACCUCUGUGUUGGCUCUGGGUGAGGGCCAGAGAUGGGAGGGUCCCACCGUGCCUUGCCUCUCUCUGCCCAUUCAUCAGAGUGGAGUAAACAGUCUGGCUGUGUGGGAGGAGCCAGAGGUGGGAUCACAUAAUGAGCGUCUCCUCUCAGUGGCCAGUGGUGGAGAUGACGGACAGCUCUCAGUGCUCCUCCUCAGAGUGACGUUUCCUCAGUGCCAAUCAGAAGGUGCAGAGAUAUCUCUGGAGCUGCUCUCCCAUUGGUCAGAGCCAUUGGCCCAUGCCGCCCCCCUCACCGCCUUGCAAGUGAUCGACAGGUGUCUUAUCGUCUCCACCUCUCCUGACCAGCGGGUGUGUGUGUGGAGUGUGUGUGAGAACGGCUCCAGCCUCCGCAGGAAGGGCACGGCGUUCACACACACUGCAGACGUGGCCGGGCUGGAGGUGUGGCGCCGGGAGGGUGAGACUUUGGCAGCGGUGUGCGGUCAGGGCCUGCAGCUGCUGCGAAUCACGUCCAAAGGAAGAGACAGUGAGCGAGACGGACAGAUGGACACAGACUCAAGAAAACUACAGGAGCGUCUGAACGUGACCUACACCAGAAAUGGCACAUCGGAGCAGACCUCCGGAGAAAAGUGAUGCAGGCUGUAAGAUCACCGUCUGCAGUGUGUGUCAAGAGACUUUGGCAUGAUUGCUGGACAAUCAUGUGACUUUUAAAUUGGCUGAACAUGUUUUAAAACUGAAAUAAAAAAUCUGUGUGAUACA